AUUGCCGGUAUUGUGAGCAGCAGUAUCAACUGUGUUGUGAAGUUGUGAAGACGUCAAUCAAAAUGAACAAGCUCCUCAUCGUCCUUUUGGCCGUGUGCCUCGUCAGCGUUCACGCUUUCGUGAAACGCGAUGCUCCUGCGGCGGCCCCAUCAUCAUCAGAUAUUCAACAACAGUUGGAGAAGAUUGCCGCUAGCGCGAAGAGUUUUGGUGACAAUGUAUCGAAAUCGGUGGCCGAGGCUCUUGACCCCGAAAAGUUAAAACAGCAGUUCAAUGAAUUGGUCAAUGCUGCAUCCAAAGCGAUUGACGACUUGAAGCCCAAAGCUGAUGCUGCCAAACCCGCUGCUUAAUUGAAAGACUGAUUAUGUUUUACAAUAGCAUUAAUAACGUAUUACCUAUGUAUAUCCAUGUAUAAAAUUAAUUAAUCAAUCACAGAUCCAUAUUUCCCAAGCUGUAUGUUACAAUUUUUGUCUCACUAACAUUAUAAAGUUUAUUUAAAAAAAA